CUUUCUUUAAAUUAUAAAAAAAAUUUAAAAUGUCUUCAAAUUCUCAAACUUUGGAUGAGUUUUUUAUUCCGACCGUGCCGCGUUAUAAACAAUUGGGAGUCGAUGAAUUGAAUGAUACACUUGGUGAUGGUCUCUUUGAAAUUCUUACACUUAAUCGUGAGAAUAUUAAACCAGUGGAGGCUGCAAAGACAUUAUCCAAACCAUCAACUCCAAAACGUUCAUCUUCUUCUGUUUUUGGCUCCAAACCGCCUAUUGCUGCUCAACCUCCUAUGCGUUUUGGUAAUUCUGUUCAACGUCGAAGUGUUUUGCCUGAUUCUAAACCAUCAACUCCAAAACCUAAAUCUGUCUUUGGUUCCAAACCUGUGGUAGUUCAACCUCCUAUGCGUUUUGGUAAUACUGCUCAACGUCGCAGUGUUAUGCCUGAGUCCAAACCACCACCAACAACUCCAAAACCAGUUUCUUCUUCAUCAAUUUUUGACACCAAACCAAAACUAGUUCAGCCUCCUAUGCGUUUUGGUAAUUCUGUUCAACGUCGUAGUCUUAUGCCGGAAUCUCCAAAUCGUCCAAGUUCUUCGGUUUCUCAUGCUGUUCGUGGUAUUGCGGUUAGUCGUCGUUCUGAAUAUGUUGGGAAGAAAUGAGAGGAAUUUUU